AAAAACUUGAGCAUAUUAUAAAACUCAGGAUUUGCAAAACCGGGGGCAGUUUUCCAAGAGUACUCAGCGUGUGCGGUUGUUGUUAUAAUGGCGGGUCUUAAACCGAGUUUAUUUGCCUGCUUUCUACUUUGCUGUUGUUGUUGUAAUGUAUUCACAGUAGCUUAUCAACGUUAUUGUCGAGAAAAUGGUAUUCAUGGACAAUGUGGAUUGUAUGAAAACUGUGAAACGCUGCGGGGAAUUCCAUUAACCGAUGAAAUGAGAAAUAACACAGAUUGCGCAAAUUCCGGACUUAGUGGUGACGUUGUCUGCUGUUUACGAAGAAGUAGUAGAAGAACAACCCGAACAACAACUAGAAGAAUAGUCUAUACAACAGCCACGACACCUGCAUCAUUACUGGAAAAGGAAUACAUAAAUCCGCGUGGACUCGCUUUACUCAAUCAAAACAAAUGUGGGAGUUUAAAUAAUGAUCGCGUAGCUAAUGGCAUUGAUGCUAAACUGGGCGAAUUCCCGUGGUCUGCUCUACUACUCUAUGCGGAGAAGAAACCACUGUGUGGUGGUUCCGUUAUUACCGAUCGAUUUGUUUUGACAGCUGCCCACUGCAUUCGAGACGAUUUACAAUUAGUGCGCUUGGGCGAACAUGAUCUGUCAACCGCAGUAGAUUGCGCAAAAAUUUGUCAAACAUAUGAAGAAUUCGGUAUAGAUCCACAACAGAAACCAUUUAUACAUCCCGACUACGAUGACUCGACCAAAUACAAAGAUAUUGCUUUGAUAAAACUUGAUAGAACUAUAGAUUUUCAAACUUAUAAUCACAUAAAACCAAUUUGUUUACCAAUAACACCAAGUGAUUAUAAUUUGGUGCCAAGGGCUAUCCUAGUGUUAGCUGGAUGGGGACUAACAGAGAAAAAUGAAAGACGCCAGGCUGAAAUUCUUCAGAAAGGUCUUCUCAGAUUCGAACCAUUGGAUGUUUGCAAAGAGUUAUACCCAUUAUAUACGGUAGAUAAUUCGAAGCUUUGUAUUAAGUCUGGUAGUAACCAUACGGUUUCUUGUCAAGGCGAUUCUGGUAGCCCUAUAUUUUGGAAAACCAGAUACUCUGUAGGCAGAUUCUGGCGAUGGCAUUAUACACAAAUUGGUUUGGUAUCUCUAGGUUUUGGUGGUAGAUGUGGCGGUUUAACUGAAAGGCCAUUUAUGUACGAAAAUGUCACAGAUUCCUUGGCAUGGUUAACGAAUACCAUUCUAAAAUGAAGGCAUCCGUAAUAAAGUAUUUAAAGCAUAAAGGCCAUUUUAUGAAAUUUCAUGGCGAAUUUCGAUGUUUUAAGUAAAUAAAUGUGUGAAUUGAA